GAACAUGUGGACAAUUAUUGCAGGGAGUGGUAGUUGUAAAGAGAUGGGUAGGAUGGCUGUAGCAGCAAUGGUGAGCUCGUGGGUUAUUCCGAUUAUCAUAAUGGUCAAUCGCUUUGUUCCGGAGCCAUACAUGGAUGAGAUCUUCCACAUACCUCAGGCUCAACAAUAUUGUAAAGGCAAUUUCAAAAGCUGGGAUCCCAUGAUUACUACUCCCCCUGGCCUGUACUAUCUUUCACUUGCCCAUGUUGCUUCUUUGUUUCCAGGCAUGUGGUGUGUGCAAGCAGCUUCAUCAGUUUCUGAUAUGUGUUCAACUGCAGUGCUUCGUUCCAUGAAUGGUAUCUUGGCAGUCAUAUGCAGCAUCCUUGUCUAUGAUAUUCUAACUCACUUGAGACCAGGCCUUGAUAAAAGAAAGGCAACUUUAUAUACAGUUGUCAUAGCAUUGUAUCCUGUCCACUGGUUCUUUACAUUUCUGUAUUAUACAGAUGUAGCUUCAGUAGCAGCAGUGCUUGCCAUGUACCUGGCUUGUCUGAAGAAGCAUUAUCUAAUCAGUUCAAUGCUUGGAGCCUUGGCAGUAUUCAUUCGGCAAACAAAUGUUAUAUGGAUGCUUUUUGUUGCAUGCACUGGGGCUAUUAAUUUUUUGCUAGCUCCUAAUCGAAAAGAUAUACAAUUGAAUGAUGCUGGUCUAUCAAUCAGGAAAAGUAUUCAAUUAACUGACAAUAGAAGUGUUCCAGGAUACUUGAACCUGAGAAAGCGAAAGAGUAGUGGUGCUAUGAAUGUUGCCAGCCAUUCUAUGUCCGUAAUGAAUACCUCUUCAUUGACUCAUUCUUCAGGUCUGUUUGAUGAAUUUAGCACCAUCUUUUUUAGAUUGUGGCACUUGAAGUGGGAGAUUUUGCUGCAGUUCGGUCCAUUCUUGUUGGUAUUGCUGGCCUUUGUCACUUUUGUCCUUUGGAAUGGAAGUAUAGUUCUUGGUGCAAAAGAAGCUCAUUCUAUCUCCCCACAUUUUGCACAGAUAAUGUAUUUUAGUCUGGUUACUGCUCUGGCCAUGGCUCCAUUGCAUUUCACUCUAGGCCGAGCUAAAGUCUUAUGCAGGACAUUGUGGAGAAUGAGGCCCAUGAGUUUCAUUAAAGGGCUUGUGGUUCUUUUGGCUGGGUUUCUUGCUGUACAUUUUUUCAGCAUAGCACACCCAUAUCUCCUUGCUGACAACCGGCAUUACACUUUUUAUGUCUGGCGGAAGGUUAUGAGAGCUCAUUGGUCAAUGAAGUACAUUCUGGUUCCUUUUUAUGCUUACUCAUGGCUUUCCAUAUGCAGUAACUUGGGAAAGGUUCAAAAGAAUAUCUGGAUAUUGGUAUUUUUCUGCGCCUCUGCAGCAGUUCUCAUCCCUGCUCCAUUGAUCGAGUUCAGAUAUUUUACCAUACCAUUCUUUUUUUUGAUUCUUCAUUCUCAGAUUAAAGAUGACAAAAGUUGGUUCCUUAUGGGGAUCCUUUACAUAGUAGUCAAUACCUUCACAAUGCUGAUGUUUUUGUUUCGGCCUUUCCAUUGGGACCAUGAACCUGGGAUCCAGAGAUUUAUAUGGUAGCUAUUUCCAA